CUUCAGUGCAGACUUGAGGCAGACUCAGAAAAUUUCGGAAGAACGAAUCAGCUUGGAGCCCUGCUCUUCAGAAUGGAAGAGGAGCAGUUUGCAGACAUGAGACAUGCUGGAGUUCUACCAUCAGAUAGAGCUGAGAGAAGAAGCUGUUCCCAUCAAACACCCAUGGGGAGGGAUGAUCCAAGUGACCACUCAGGGAGUGAGGAAAGAAGGCCCCAUCCCGUCCCCGCAAAUGCUCUGCAGGCUGGUAUUUGGGGAUGCGCUAGUGAGGUCAACAAGGAUUCUCUGGAGAAAGCCCUUCCACAGCUGAAAUGCCAUUUCACGUGGAACUUACUGAAACCAGAUGGCGUCUCGGGUGAUCUAGAAGACAGAGUGUGUCACCAGAUUGCAUUCUUAGACACGCGGUCCAGAGCGAUGGCGUACAACCUCUUGGCCUACAUACAACACGUGAACGGCCGCGGCGAGGCGGCGCUGGAGCACCUGCGGCGGGCGGAGGCGUUGAUCCAGCGGGAGCACGCCGAGCAGGCGGGAACCCACAGUCUGGUCACCUGGGGUAACUACGCCUGGGUCUACUAUCACCUGGGCAGACUCGCAGACGCUCAGAGGUAUGUCGACAAGGUGAGACGCGUCUGCGAGAAGUUUUCAAACCCAUACAGUAUCGAGUGUCCCGAGCUUGACUGCGAAGAAGGGUGGACACGGCUGAAGUGUGGAGCAAAGCACAAUGAAAGGGCCAAGGUGUGUUUUGAGAAAGCUCUAGAAGAGAAGCCCAACCACCCAGAAUUCUCUUCCGGACUGGCCAUUGCCACGUACUGUCUGGAUAAUAAACCACAGAAGCCAUUCUCCAUGGACGCUCUGAAGCAGGCCCUUGAGCUGAAUCCCGACAAUCAGUACGUCAAAGUGCUCUUGGCCCUGAAAUUGCAGAAGAUGAAUGAAGAGGAUAAUGGGGAGCGGCUGGUUCUAGAGGCCCUGGGGAACACGCCUUGCCAAACAGAUGUCCUUCGCAAUGCAGCCACAUUUUACCAAAAAAAAGGUGAUCUAGACAAAGCUAUUGAACUGUUUCUAAGGGCGUCCAAGUCCACUCCAAACAAUGGUUACCUCUACCACCAGAUUGCGUGCUGCUACAGGGCAAAAGUCAAACAAAUUCAGAACGCAGGGGAAUCUGAAGCUAGUAGGAGUGGAGAGAAGAUUGGAGAGCUAAAGCAGUGUGCUAUUGACUACGUGAUUAAAGCUAUUGACAAGGGCGUAGAUCCGCUGUAUGCCUAUUCUGAUGAGCUCCUGGAAACAGAAGACUAUUAUCAGAUAGCUUGCAGUAAGGAGCUCCCCAGCACCCAGAGGCAACAACCCCACCAGCACUAUGGCGACUUUCCGGGGCAUCAUGGGAAGUCUGAAGACACUGCUACCCAACGUGAUUUGGAGGGUCUGCCCACAAGCACAAAAUCAACAGAGGCAGGAAAGAUGAAAUACCCACCACAGAACAGAGCUGGAAAUCAGCUUCCACAAAAUGCACCGAAUUCUUGGUAUCUCCAAGGAUUAGUCCACAAGCUGAAUGGAGAACUGCAGCAGGCAGCCGAAUGUUAUGAGAAAGAGCUGGGCUACCUCUUACAGAACAGCCCCACAGGCAUAGGCAGCCUUUUCCUGCCGCCAUCUGAGCUUGAAGAAGGCGGUGAGGCAGCGGGCCGGGGCCCGCACAACCCCGCUCCCAGAGCUCCCGGAGCCCUGAGCUGAAAGGCAGGGGAGGGAAAGGAGCACAGUCAGGGAACCUGGGACGCCCCGGGACUGCUUUAGGACACUUUGUAGAACUGCUUCCUAGUAUCUGUCUCCCCUUUCCAUCUCAGCCGCAUACACCCCUCUAGUCGGUGGGCCUUCCGAUGACAUGACCCGUGGACACAGGGCUUGGGGCCUGCGUGAUGCUAAGUCUUAGCUGCGCUCCGUUCUUCAGAUGUCCCCCAUCUCUGCCCUUCUUACCGAGGCUCAUAGCUGGCCGCUGCCUGCCAACAGCUCUCCCGGCCUCUGCCCCAUUGCUAUCUAGCCUUCUGGACCCCCUGAAAGACUAACCCCCUUUGGACUAACCCUGGAAUGUUGCUUAUGUCUUCCUCUUGGCUUCAGCCAUGUGUUUAUAUGCAUGCUCAAUUGCGAGACUCCAAUAAAUGUGUGUUCUGGAUAGAAAUGCUACAAUAAAUUUGAAAAUUUCGACUCAGGAUUGAA